AUGGAAUCGACGUCUCAUAAACCACAGAAUACAAAUGCCGAUGGUGAAGAGGAUAUUGUCGACCUUUGUCGAAGACUGGACACAAAGCUCGAAGAGAAAGCAAGGAUGCAUAACCUGAACGCACUAAAUGUAAAGUCGAUUCUCAACCGUCUCAUAAAGAAUCCGAAUGUACUAACAACUCUAAUGGGCAUCGAAGGUGACACGGACGAUAUUCCUAGCAUUAAAGUUACUCGAUCGAAGGUGAAGCAUUCUGCAGCUGAAGCGGCUAAGGUCGAGUUGAAGCCCAUCCGUCCCCCAAGGACAUUUCUCGAUGUGCAGUUUGACGACGAGGAUGAUAAUGAUGAGGAUUAUAGGCCAGAGGAAGUUCAUAAUGGAGGUGGCGAUGAAGAGGAAGAAAAUGAAACGUCAACGGCUGCUGAUCCCAAUCAAAUUCGAAGGCUUAGGGCGAUGAGUGUUUCUAGUGCCGACCAUCCAAGUGAUGCCUUAGGUGACCAUGAAACGGAACAUUGUGGCACGGAAGUAUCAGCGUAUCAACUACGAUCACGUGUUCCUCAUAUUGAUGAUAAUUGUCCAUUGGAGUCGUUAAAUACAUCGUUUACAGAAGAGAGCUUUGAAACUUUUGCAGGCUACCGUGGACAAGAGAUGCUCACUUUUGUGGAAAAUCCGGAUUAUUUGGACUUUCUUCAAGGUAUACAUGCUUCAACACCUGUGAACGAGAACGGGAACACGGCAGUCGACGAUGAUGACCCCGACGAUGAAGAAUACAAUGUGUUGACUGAGUUAGAAGGUCUGAAGAGCAUUGAAAAGGACGCGGAUGAAUUGCGAAUGGAUAGAUUCACGGAAAUUCCGAGUGCGAUUGUAUUGAACUUUUCACAAGUUUUCAUGCAAAUGUUGCCUGUAUUCCUAGAGCGCGAAGUUGAAGGACUUUUUCUCGACUUGAUCGGUAGUGAUAUGGAGACCAUUGGCCCAGAACUCAUGCUUCAAAAGAUUCCUAGCCCAAAGAAAAAACGCUCUAAACGUCGAUCGGGAGAGAAAGGACGAAACAAACAGUCGAAUAGUGAUCGCAAGAAUGAACUGGACUCUUGGUACUAUGCCUGUGGUGAAUCAUCCUUUUUUAACAUUUCUAAUCUUGGUGCAGCUAUUGAAUCUUGUCAUGACAUUAUGGGUAUCAGUCCUGUUGCGCAAGAACAUGUAAAGUGGGAGCCAACACCGUUCGGUUGGUCUCCUCGACCCGAAGCAGCGCUUGUACUAGGUCGUAGUCGUGCUGUCAUAUACCCCGAUCUUUUACCUGGUGUGCAGCCAGAUUUAUUUGCGUUCCCACAUCAAUUUUUCACUGCUGGAGAGGAUCUGCUGUUGGCUCACGCUCUGAUACAGUUUCGACAUAUUUCGCAUUCUAAUUCACAGGAUCCAUUUGGGAGACUAUACUGGGUGCAAAGAAUGCUUUUACCCUGUAAAACGGUUGAUGUCUGCUUUCAUCGUAACGAUGUUCACUUGAAAACUGGUGUUGAUGCACGACCGGUUCUCUUAUGUUAUGAGUCCGUUACUGGCAGCUUUCCGUCAAGCUGUGCCAUAAGAGCAACCCAACACCAGCAGAAUGCUUCACAAUUGAUCAUUAUCUGUUUCCCGAAUGCUCCUUCAUCUGAAAGAGCAAAUGCAAAGGACGACUCGGAUGUCCAUCAGCAGCCCACAAUGCUAUCACAGCAGUCUAGAUUAGGCGAACCACAUCAAAAAUCGCUAGACUUCUCCCUUACUGAUUUGAAGAACCCUACUAUAGUAGUCAAUGGUGCCGAACCUGAUGCAUCCGCAUCAUCAUUGGGCGUCCAAGUUCACUCUACAUCAUCUAAUUUGGCGGAACCGCAGUUUAGCAUUUUUGAGUCGGGCAAAGAGUUCAGUAUCCAGCCUGGAGUGAAGUAUGAGGAGCUACAUUUGCCGAAGUCAGAGUUUUCUCUUGAAACAGAAUUGGAAGAGGGCGAAAUCGUUAGUGAUGAAAACUCGCAGGAUACUCCAACAGCAACAGACCGACGCUAUAGUUCGAAGAAUUAUUCACCGAAGCGAACAAGAACUGAAUGCCAACGUGGACAUACACGACGAGAACGGACAGUUCAUGUUGCAAAAUUUGUAUAUACUCCACUGAAGCGUAAGAGGGAUUCUAAUAAAAGCACAAGAAAGUCGUGGCAUGCUCCAACAAUACGAGACCGACGUUACAGUUCAAGGGAUUAUUCACCAAAUCGAACAAGAAUUGAACGAGAACGUGUAGAUGCACGUAGAAAACAAGCAGCCAAUGUUUCAAAAUUUGUGUACACACCACUGAAGCGAAAAACGGAUUGUAAUAAAAAGUGUAUUGAGCGGAAUAAUAAUAGACCGACCAGGAAUAAUGAGAAUCUACCUAGACAAACCUUCAGACAUUUGGAAGCUCAUCAAGUACGAAACGAAGUCCAAGGAGCAGCAAGAAAGGUUCGGUCAAAGCGAAGGUUAUCAAGCCCAGAAUGGGGGUCGAUAGGAUGUUUAAAUAAGAAAAGACGGGACAUGGAAAACACGCUGGUUAAGAAAGGUAUUGGUACGUCUAGCGAGGAUCAACGUAUCAUGUUGGAAGGACACAAAAGAGACAACAAUUAUGGAUAUGUUGGAGGAAGAUUUGAGAAUUAUAGGCAUGAAGGAAUAAAUGAUAGAACGAGGAUCAGAAGAUCAGCGAGUGGCAGAAAAUUGUCAACAAACUCAAAUUCAGAAGUUCAACGGAAUUUUUCCCAAAGUGGUGGAGAAGUCCAUGAAAUAUCCUGUGACACAGUCUGUGCACUACGUGCCUCUGAUCGGGCCGCGUCUGUUAACCGAGUGAAUGUGAAGAAUGAUUUGCUUACGCUAGAAAAAGAUAUUGCAGCUGAACGGAGAGUCGAAACGCUGAAUAAUUUAGAAUAUGGUGAAAUAGAGGAUGAUCUUACACAAUCAAAUUGCAGUACUCAUUCAGCAGACACGGAAGACCAUGCUAAGUCACCUUUGAAGACAUGGAAGGAUAGCGAUUAUACGAAUGAUGAAUACGACAAUGAUCCGCUUACAUCGGACAUGGAGACGGACUCACCGGUGAGAGAGUUUGAGUCUCCAUAUAUACUACGAACGCCAACGUUUAAUACUCCAUCAGAUUAUUCACCGGUGGAAUCUAUCUCGCAUUUGCGUACUCCAAGUUCCGAAUACGAUGUUGGGAUUCCUGUUACUCCUCGUGAUGACGUACUGACAAGAAGUCCCACAUUGUUGCGAGCACCAUCAGCCGUUAGUAGAGCGCUCUUUUCAAAAAUACAGAUUAAACACCUUCCAACCGAUAAUACUGAUUUGAAUAACUGCGAUACCUCGUCGAAUUGCUUAAGGGACACAUGGGAUUUUGUAGAAGGUUAUUCCUUAGAAUACGUUAAUAUACUGAACGUGAGACUAUCAACAAAAUUAGAUGCAGGUGAGCAAAUCAAUGAUGACUCUGAGGAUGCUCCUGGAUCUGAAAUGUAUUCGGAACGCAUGGGUUUGGAACGUAUGCAAAGUCCUCAUCAUCGAGCUCUGCAAAUGAUCAACCUUGCAAGAAAGAUUGCUGAUGAUAUAAAGCAACGCACAUUUAUGCAUCAAGACGUCUGGCACACUGUUGAAAGAAUUGUCUUAGGAGAGGAGAGUAUGGAGGCACAGUUCGACCGUCUAAAAGCUGCACUACUCCCGAAACAUGCCGAUGUACUAGCACUGCUAUCCCUACUAGCUGAUGACUCCGUGCUGCCACCUGAAUUACUCACGAGUCCUCUUCGUAGAGCAUAUCAUGGCGCUGUACAAAUGCUUUUAGCUAUUGAGUUGAACUGUAACGGCCUAGGUAAGACGUUGAGCGAAGUGGAAUUUUGUGAUCGCCUCGCAGAUUUACUAGGCAACGAACGUCCAUUAUGGAACUACAUUCGUCACUGGCUUCCUCUCGCAUAUGAUGAGAAGGUGACUGCAGCGGAUUUCGAAUUCAUCGACUUGUGUCGUCGAACGGAUUCCGAAUUAAUAGAAGAUGGCGGAGCAGAGUGCAUUGAUGAUCUGAAUGCAGUUCUAGGUCCACAACCACCACGGAAGGGAGGAUCGUUGCAAGUUUUCUUUGGUGCAGUAGUAUAUGUUCCGUAUUCGGAAUCUACUCAAAGUGAUAGCGAACUGUUCCAUUAUUUUGAGAGCCAAAUUGAUAUGUAA